AUGAAACGUAGUAACGAUUACGGUAAUCAAAGUCACGAUAACAUAAAAAAGCCACGUUUCGGAGGACAAAAUUACAACGGUAGCGGUUAUUCUUUGACAGGAGGGAUGAGAAGUGACCUUAAUCAAGGAUCCUCAAGUGAUUUAUAUUAUCCAAAUCCACCUGUAGGUCCCUCUUCAAUGAUGGGUAAUCCCGCAUACUCCCAGAGUGCUGCAGGUUUUCACCAUCAUCCUGGUCAUUCAAGCGGUCAUUUUGCUGGCAUGGGCGUGUAUCCAACCCCCACACAAUAUGCCUCCAUGAAUCAAUACACUUCCAACGUUAAUAGCAUGGUCCCCCAAUUCACAAGUGCUUUUUCUGGCGCGCAGUAUCCUUCAUCUUAUCAACAGACGGUUGUCCCUAACGCAACGGCGAACGCCACGGGUCGCACUGUCUACCUCGGAAACCUUCCUCCUGACGUGCAGUUCGAAGAAAUGUUAAAUCAUAUCAAAGUUGGACCAAUAGAGUCGGUUCGAGUUCUUAAUGAUAAAAGUUGCGCUUUUAUUUCCUUCAUGGACGGUGCAGCCGCUAUGGCAUUUUACCAAGACGCCACAAGUCGGAAGAUUGUUUUACACGGUCAAGAACUCAAAGUCGGUUGGGGCAAACCUUCUCCUGUUCCUGGGAACGUUCAAGUAGCGGUUACCACUCAGAGUGCCACGCGUAACGUUUACUUAGGAAAUUUGGAUGAAUCGAUAACCGAAGCUACCUUACGUGAAGAUCUGAGCAAAUAUGGAACCCUCGAACACGUUAAAAUUGUUCGAGAAAAGAAUAUUGGGUUCGUUCACUUUUUGAACAUUGCUAGUGCCAUGAAGGCAGUACAAAUGCUUCCCACAGAGCCUAGGUAUGCCAACAAGAAAGUUAAUUACGGAAAGGAUCGAUGUGCGCAAAAAACGGGAAUAGGAAAUGGAACUACCACGCAAUACACAUUUCCAGUUAGCCCUCUUAACUUCCAAAGUUUCGGAAACGCGGGCUUUGGAUUUGAUCCUUACCAUGUUGCCUCCGUUACUGGCGCUGGUCACCUCGAGAAUGGUACUGAACUUCGCAGUCCUACAAGUCCAUUAUUUUCUUCAGCUUCUUCCGCGGCAGGUAGUACGACCUCUGGAUCGACUGCCGGCAAUCGGACUGUUUACCUCGGGAAUAUUCAUCCGGACACUACCUGCGAAGAAAUUUGCAACGUCAUUCGUGGUGGCAUCCUUCAACAAAUUCGUUAUAUGCCAGAAAAACAUAUAGCCUUUGUUACCUUUAUUGAUCCUAACGCCGCUAAUACGUUCAUGUUCAUCGCGCAACAGGCUGGCGUGAUGGUGAAAAAUCGCCGUCUUAAGGUCGGCUGGGGGAAGAAUCCGGGACCUCUGCCGGCUCAUAUACAAAUUGCUGUAAACACCCAAAGUGCAUCUCGCAAUGUGUAUGUAGGUCAAUUAGAUGAAAGCAUGACCGAAGAAAAGCUUAGGCGAGACUUUGCUGAAUUUGGGGAUAUCGAGUUGGUAAACAUUCUCAAGGAAAAGAGUUGUGGAUUUGUAAAUUUCACAUCUAUUCUCUCCGCUAUGAAGGCUAUCGAGGGAAUCAAGUCGAAAGAGGAGUACAAAAAAUUCCGCAUCAACUUUGGCAAAGAUCGAUGUGGUAAUCCUCCAAGGGGCGUCUCUGGACUCAAUAAUGGUACUGGAAGCAAGACUAAUAAAGGGCGUAAUAAUGGUGAAUCCGAUGCUCGAGUUCUUCAUGCCGGUGACUCAGAAUCCGACGGUAGGAACAUCGAUGGUGGCGAAGACGACGGUGGGGAUGGAGAUGGUGACGAAGAGUAA